CAUAGACCAUCUCCCUUCAUAAUUCUCACUUCUCCCUUUUCCCUUCAUUCAGUUCCCCCUUUCUAUUCCUUCCUUGUUAGCCAUGGCUUUAGGUCUGCGUUCCUCCACCCUAAACACCAACUUUUUCCGACCAUCAAUAGAAGGCGAAAUCCCAAGAAUUCACUCUUUAGACAAUCUCUCAGGCUCCUCAGGCCUGCUGAAGUAUGUCUCUAGCAAAGCCUUCCCAUCCAUUCGAGCGAAGAGUUCGUGCAACAGAUCGCUUCUUACCCAUGAAACUCCAGCUAUGACUCACAGGAUUCCGAUCGGUGAGCACAAGCUCCAUGGCCUCCAGAGCUCUAGAGUAAAGGGAGUGCCAGUCUUUGUUAUGCUGCCUCUUGAUACUGUGAACUUUGAAGGGGCACUUAGUCGGCCUCGAGCACUGAAUGCUAGUCUUAUGGCACUCAAGGCCGCUGGGGUGGCUGGAGUGAUGGUGGAUGCAUGGUGGGGGUUGGCCGAGAAGGACGCGCCUCGACAGUAUAACUGGAGAGGUUAUUUGGAGCUUGUUCGUAUGGUCGAGAAGCAUGGUUUGAAGCUCCAGGUUGUUAUGUCUUUCCAUCGGUGUGGAGGAAAUGUUGGCGACAAUUGCAAUAUCCCUUUACCACCAUGGGUGUUGGAGGAAGUAAGCAAAAAUCCAGACUUGGUGUACACAGACCGAAGCGGCAGAAGAAACCCUGAAUACAUCUCCCUAGGUUGUGACUCCCUCCCAGUCCUCAGAGGAAGAACACCCAUUCAGGUCUAUGCUGAUUACAUGAGAAGCUUUAGGGAUACCUUUAAGAAUUACCUCGGAGAAGUCAUCGUGGAAAUACAAGUGGGGAUGGGUCCUUGUGGGGAGCUCCGAUAUCCCUCCUACCCUGAGAGCAAUGGCACAUGGCGUUUCCCAGGGAUUGGAGAGUUUCAAUGCUAUGACAAGUACAUGCAAGCCUCCUUACAAGCAUCAGCCAUAGCAAUUGGGAAAGAAGAGUGGGGAAGAGGUGGGCCCCAUGACUCUGGUCAAUACAACCAAUUCCCUGAGGAAACUGGAUUCUUCCGCCGAGACGGAACCUGGAACUCCGAUUAUGGGAACUUCUUUCUUCAAUGGUACUCAAACAUGCUCCUAAACCAUGGUGACCGCAUUCUACAAGCUUCCGGGGCCAUCUUCGCUGGAACAGGGGCCAAACUUUCAGGAAAGGUUGCCGGGAUACACUGGCACUACCAAAGCAGGUCCCAUCCCGCAGAGCUAACAGCUGGCUACUAUAAUACGAGAAAUACAGAUGGCUAUAGUCCAAUUGCCCGAUUAUUUGCCCGAAGAGACACAAUAUUGAACUUCACAUGCAUGGAAAUGAGGGACUCUGAGCAACCAGGCCACGCUGGGUGCGGGCCAGAGGGCCUCGUCCGCCAAGUGGCCUCAGCAGCUCAAUACGCUGGAAUCCACCUUGCAGGGGAGAAUGCGCUAGAAAGGUACGAUGAUGCUGCAUUAGAGAAGGUGGCAGCCAGUUGUUUUCUUCAAGAAAAUGGCCAAAAACUGGCAGCAUUCACUUAUUUGAGGAUGAACAAGAGGUUGUUUGAAAGUGAGAACUGGAGGAGGUUUGUGGGGUUUGUCAGGAGUCUGUCAGAGGAAGGGUGCUAUGGGAAGUUGUCUAGGGAGGAUUCAGGACGAUCAGAUCUAAGUGUCAGUUGGUUGGGUGACAGGAAUCUUAGGACUGAGGCUGCCGCCCUCAUGUGAUUUUGCCGGAAUAUGGUGGGUGGUGCCAGAAUCCAGCCACUGGAAACAUGUAAGUAAACAGGGUUUUGGAUGAGAGGAAUCUUGAGGACGGAGACCAAUUCCCUAUUGUAAGGGGGCAGAGAUCUGAGGAUCCACUGCUGCCAUUGUGUAAGUAUGCCGGAGACUGCGUUACGGUGGAUGGAGUAACUGUAUCCAUGUAUACUUUUUUUCUUUUUGGGUGGAUUAGCUUGGUUUAUAUGGAUCACGUGAUUUGAACUCUUGGAUCUCAUCAAAACUGAGUGUUCCACCAAUGGAUCAAAGGACACAGGACAAUAUAUAUUGUCUCAUAGUUGUCAAAUAUAUCGAAAAAUUCCCUAGAUGUGGGAGAUAAUGACAUAAAAAUAUAACUCAUGAUUGCUGAGUUUAGCA